GUCACCUGAACAUCAUUUGACCUGCUAAGAUGAAAUAUAAAUAAGGACAGCCAGAAUUACAGAAACAUAUUUUAGUUCUUUUUCGCACCUGGCAACAUCUCUACCUCACAGUAACAAGAUGCAACUUAUUAUUGUGGCAGCCUCUUUGUUCGCGGUAGCUCUUGCUCGCCAAGAUGUUUACAGUGUCGAACUUGACAGCGAAUGGGAAAUGUUCAAGUCUGUCCACAAGAAGCACUAUAUCAAUCAAGAAGAGGAACUUCACAGAAGAAAAAUCUGGGAAGACCAUAUUGAACUCAUUGCAAAGCACAACAGAGAAUAUGACAUGGGACUUCACACAUACACCCUGGGAAUCAACGAGUAUGCUGACAUGUCAAAUGAGGAAUUCGUGCAGACAAUGAACCGCUAUGUUAUGUCCAACAGAACCAGCGGUAACGUGUUUCUGGCUCCAAGUCACGUACAGAUCCCAAAUGAAGUAGACUGGAGAAAGGAAGGCUACGUCACCGAGAUAAAGAACCAGGGGCAGUGUGGAUCUUGCUGGGCGUUCUCUGCCACCGGAUCCCUGGAAGGACAGCAUUUCAAGAAAACUGGAACCUUGGUAUCUCUGUCCGAGCAGCAAUUGAUUGAUUGUUCAAGGAAUUACGGCAAUAUGGGUUGCCAUGGCGGUCUCAUUGACACCAGCUACAAGUACAUCAAGGCAAACGGUGGGAUUGAUACCGAGCAGUCUUACCCAUACACAGCAGAGACUGGUCCCAAAUGCAAAUUCACCACGGCAAAUAUCGGUGCAACAUGCACUGGAUACACCGACAUCAAGAAAGGAAGUGAGACAGACCUGAAGUCUGCUGUCGCCACAAUCGGGCCCAUCGCUUCCGCUAUGGAUGCCAACCACGUUUCUUUCCAGCUUUACAAGAGUGGAGUCUACAAUGAGCCUCGUUGCAGCAGCAGUAGCCUUAACCAUGGUAUUUUGGUGAUCGGUUACGGAAUUGAUGGCUCCAAUGAUUACUGGCUUGUGAAGAACUGGUGGGGCAAGUCCUGGGGUAUGGAGGGGUUCGCCAUGAUGAGCCGUAAUAAGAAGAACCAAUGCGGUAUUGCCACCUCUGCUUCCUAUCCGCUGGUUUAGAUAUUGGAACCUUUUGAAUUGUGAACGUUGCAGUAGUGGGUUUGGAUGGUUAAUUCAUUCGGAGAAAAACUUGUCUGUUAAGUCAACACAUUGUGAUUUAAAAAAUUCUGAAAAAGAGAUGGUGAUGCACGCUUCGUCACUGAUGUAUAGGAUUUGUAGAAAUCAUUGGUAGGCCUACUACAUGUAUGUACCGGGGUAGGUAGGCCCUACAUGUACCUACGGUCGAAGAAUUUGCUGCCUCAGCAUCGUGUUACGUGCAGUCCUUGAACUGUUUGCAUCUUCAUAGCACAAAUAAAUCAGACAGAUACUUUCACUGUUUUGAUACUUGAAUUAUUGUUAUUCUGAUAUAUA